AUGGUCAUGGGAGCCAGCGGCUCCAAGCUCGAGAAGGCUCUCGGCGACCAGUUCCCUGAAGGCGAGCGCUACUUCGGACUCGAGAACUUCGGCAACACCUGCUACUGCAACAGUGUACUCCAGGCACUUUAUUUUUGCACUCCAUUCAGGGAGCAGCUACUGGAAUAUUAUAUGAAUAAUAAAAAUCCUGGAGAUGCAGAGGAAAAUCUUUUGACUUGUUUGGCGGAUCUUUUCAUGCAGGUAAGCCAAUCAAAGAAAAAGACAGGCGUUAUUGCUCCAAAACGUUUUGUCCAAAGAGUGAAGAAACAAAAUGAAUUAUUUCGCAGCUACAUGCACCAGGAUGCUCAUGAGUUCUUAAAUUUUCUGUUGAAUGAGCUUGUUGAUAUUCUGGAGAAAGAGUCCAGUGCUGCGAAGGACUCCCCCCAAUCAUCAUCUCCUGAAAAAGUUCCAAAUGGGGCAGUUCAACCUUUGGCCAAUGGAGUUAAAAAAGAACCACCUGUUACCUUGGUCCAUAAGAAUUUCCAGGGCAUACUGACCAAUGAAACCAAAUGCUUAAGAUGUGAGACAGUAACUGCAAGGGACGAAACUUUUUUUGAUCUGAGUGUUGACAUUGAGCAGAAUAGUUCCAUUACAAGCUGCCUGAAAAAUUUCAGCUCCACUGAGACUUUAAAUGCUGAGGACAAAUUCUUCUGUGACAAAUGUUGCAGUUUGCAAGAAGCACAGAAGAGAAUGAAGAUCAAGAAGGCUCCCCAUAUAUUGGUGAUCCACCUAAAACGCUUUAAGUACAUUGAGCAGCUUGGGCGGUAUAAGAAGCUUUCGUAUCGGGUUGUCUUCCCCAUGGAGCUGAAGAUCAGCAGUACGUCUGAUGACGUGGAUACUGAAUACUCUCUCUUUGCUGUGGUGGUCCAUGUUGGAAGCGGCCCCAACCAUGGCCAUUAUGUAAGCCUCGUAAAAAGCCACAACCACUGGUUGUUCUUCGAUGAUGAAAACGUGGAGAUGGUUGAAGAGUCGACCCUGCAAACAUUCUUCGGUUCUUCGCACGAAUACUCGGGCAACACAGAUCAUGGAAAAUUGUUAAUCUCGGAGAUUGUGAGUAUGAACCUGAGGAAAGCCGGAUUUUUUGUGGUUCUAGUGUACAGCGGAAAAUGGAACCUUGCUCCAGUGAUGAUGAAAUAA